AUGAUAUAAUGCAAUGCGACUUUUGGAUUCAUGUUAAAUCAUUUUGGUAAACUCCAAGUGAGUUUGAUGGAUGGAAAAUAGAUGAUACAAAAACACUCUCUCCAAGUAAGUGUAUGUACUGGUCUUAUUAUUGCUGAAAGAUACCCUAACUUAAGAGUAAAUUAAACAAUUGAAAAUACUAUCUUUAAUUUAUCUUCCCAUUUUAAUGUUUAAGUAGAAUUAAAACUUUGGUUGUUUGGCAUUUGGAAGGAUGAUUAAUUUAUUCUUAAGCUUGAUGAUUAUGAAUUAUUAAACUAACAUAUAAAUCAAUCAGCCCAUUAGAUAAACUGUGGGGGAAUUCAAUAAAAUGUUACUUUAAUAAAUCUUAGAGCUUAAAUGAAUCAUUCUUAAUCAUCAAUGAAGAUUACUUUUAAAACUCAAUCAAACUCAACUUUAAUUAAAUAUUGGGGAAUUAAUGCAUUUGAUUUUUAUAUCGGAAAAUGUUCGAUUAAUUGUGAAUAAUGCUAUGGACCUGGGUAUAAAGAAUGUACUGCUUGUAUUUACAGAUUUCAACUACUAAAAAUAAUAGGAAGAUCAUUGCUAUAACUUUGA